AUGGCACCUCAAGUCUUUCUAAUUACUGGCACCUCGACGGGGUUCGGCAACGAACUCGUCAAAAAGUGUCUGGAGGAGGGCGAUAAAGUAGUCGCCACAGCACGUAGCUCAUCGAAGCUGAAGUUUGACGGGACAACCAAAGACAACUACCUCGCGCUCGACCUAGACGUCACCGAACAGAAAUCCAUCGACGCCGCCUUCGACGCCGCCAUCAAACAAUUCGGCCGCAUCGACGUCGUAGUCAACAACGCCGGCUACGGCCUCUCAGGCGAAUUCGAAUCCGUCUCUGACAACCAAGCUCGCACCCAAAUGGAAGUCAACUUCUUCGGUCUCCUGAGCGUGACUCGGAAAGCCCUGAGCGUAAUGCGAGAGGUCAAUAAACCCUGCGGAGGCAAGAUUCAACAGAUCACUUCCAUUGGUGGGCAGCGUGGUGUCCCGACUUUCUCGAUCUAUUGUGCGAGUAAGUGGGCGGUGGAGGGCUUCACGGAGGCGUUGAGUCAGGAGUUGAAGCCUGAGUGGAAUAUUCAUUUGACUUGUAUUGAGCCCGGUGGGUUCAGGACGGAUUGGGCUGGGCGGUCGAUGGUUUUUGGGGAGGAGAAGAAUGCUGCGUACGAACACAUCAACGCCGAGAAGACUAUGGGGGAGCGACAUGGGACGCAGGCCGGAGACCCAGCCAAGGGUGCUAGAGCAAUGUGGGAGUUUGCAAAGAUGGAUACGCCACCUUUACGUAUGGUCAUUGGCUCCGACGCCUAUACUGCGAUGCAGAACAAGAUCAAGACAUACACCGAGCUCUAUGGCUCAAAGUACGAGAAGAUUGCCAACUCCACCGAUGUCGAUGGCUACAAGCGUCCUUCAUAG